CACUCUCACUCUUUCUCAUAAACACGGACACGCGUUUGCUGAGUGAGCAAGCAAAGAAGAAGAAGCAGCAGCAUGGGAGCUUGCUGCAACGGCGAUGUUUCGGCGUUGCCUCACUCAUACGACGCCGUUUCCGCCCGCGAUCUCAGGCCCUCCAAGCAUGUCCACGACAAUCUCCAUGGCAACAUUUACCUUGACAACCUCAGUUUGAAGUUCAUUGACACUGAGCAGUUUCAGAGGCUUCGCGAAUUGAAACAACUCGGUUUGGCAAAUAUGGUCUAUCCAGGUGCUGUCCAUUCUAGAUUUGAGCAUUCUCUUGGCGUGUAUUGGCUUGCUGGUCAAUCCAUUGAAAUGCUUAAAAAUUUUCAAGGCUUGGAACUUGGUAUUAAUAGAUUUGAUAUGCAAACAGUUAAACUAGCAGGACUUCUGCAUGAUAUUGGGCAUGGGCCUUUCAGUCACUUAUUUGAACGUGAAUUUCUUCCCAAAGUUACUAAUGGUUCUCACUGGUCACAUGAACAAAUGUCAGUCAAUAUGGUAGAUUAUAUUGUUAAUGAACAUCACAUUGAUGUUGAUCCUGAGAUGAUAAAAAGAGUCAAGGAGAUGAUACUAGCAAGCUCUGAAUUUACUCUUCCCCGAAGCUCAACUGAGAAAGGUUUCUUGUAUGAUAUUGUUGCAAAUGGUCGAAAUGGAAUUGAUGCUGACAAAUUUGAUUAUAUUGCCCGUGAUUGUCGAGCUUGUGGUCUGGGUUGCAACUUUGAAUUUCAGAGAUUAUUGGAGACCAUGCGGGUUUUGGAUGAUGAGAUUUGCUAUCGUGCAAAGGAAUAUUUGAGCAUCCAUAAGUUAUUUUCCACUCGAGCUGAUCUGUACAGAACAGUUUAUACUCACCCAAAAGUAAAGGCAAUAGAACUUAUGGUGGUUGAUGCACUUGUUCAAGCAAAUGAUUAUUUGGAGAUCUCAUCUCACAUUCUAAAUCCUUCUGAGUACUGGAAGCUGGAUGACACAAUAAUUAAAACAAUUGAGACAGCACCUAUUCAGGAACUAAAGGAAUCUAGAGAGUUGAUCCUGCGCAUUCGAAGAAGGAAUCUGUACCAGUUCUGUAAUGAGUAUGCUGUACCAAAGGAUAUGGUGGAAAACUUUAAGAAGGUCACUGCCCAAGAUAUUGUCUGUUCCCAGAAGAGUGGUGGAGGUACACUCAGAGAGGAGGACGUCGCUGUUUCUAAUGUAAAAAUUGAUUUAACUCGUGGGAAACAUAAUCCUCUUGAAAGCAUUAACUUCUUCAAGGAUUAUGAUAGUGAUGAGAAAUUUACAAUUUCCAAUGACCGCGUAAGCCACCUGCUGCCAACAACUUAUCAAGAUAUGAUAGUUCGGGUGUAUGCCAAAAAGCCAGAAUUGGUGGAAGCUAUUUCGGAUGCUUUUGAAAACUUUCAGUUAAAAACAUAUGGGAUCAAAGCACAAAUACACUCAACACCAGAGAAGAAGAAACGUCGAUACACUGCAUGUAUAUGAGGUCUAUCCACUUUUUUGGCCUUUCAUUUUCCCCCUUUAUUUUUGUGAGUAAACUGCUGCUUCUCUUCCUUAUUUAAGUUUACAAGUACUUACAUUUUUCCACAAUUAAAAUAUAUAGCUGAGUCAAUAGGGUCACUGUGUUGUUUGAAAGGUGAUUUUUAAUGUUAUGUUUCAUACAAGAAACGUGUGCUACACUCUGGAGACUCUAAUUGAGUUUACAAAUUAAAGUGUUGAUUAAUGUAUAGCAGGAAAUUUCUUCAAUGGUUUUUAGUGUAUUACAAUUUUCUUUAGCUGUGAAUGUCAGUGGGAGCAAUCUUUUCUUGUGUUUGUUAGUUGGCAGUUGCAACUUGCAAAUGUUACCAACCUUUGUACCUGAAAACGGCUCCAAUUUUAAUGAGUGAGAACAACAAACAACAACAACAACAAUAAAGCCUUGUCCCACUAAAUGGGGUCGGUUACAUGAA